CGCCGCUAUUAUAUUUGUCGGCUCAGGUCUCUGCUAUGCGUGUCAAGAUUUUUAACAAAUUUCGCUAAUAUUUUGUAAAUUAUUUAAGAAAAUGCCUUUAUCACCACAAAAGAAAGAUGAUUUUGACGUGGUCAAAUAUUUCCUUAAAUUGCUGGACGAUGACAAGGAUCUCUCAUCAGGCAUUGCGGCCAUUAAAACUCUUUUAAUGAUUUUGGAAAAGAAACAAUUUGGCACUAUUCAUAUUUUACAAAACACCAUGCAAGAAGCUGUGGCCGCCAUGCGUAACACAGAUCUUUCCAUUGCUGCUGUGGUUUCAGGCGGAGAAUUGUUUUGUCGUUUUAUUACAUUAAGUUUGGAUGAUCGAGGCAUGGAAGAAUGUCGCGAGAUUAUGUUAAAUCGUGGCAAAAUAUUUUUAACCAAAUUAUUGAAUUCUCGUAAUGUUAUUGCUCAACAAGCUCAAAAGUUUAUUACCGAUGGUUGUCGCGUUUUGACCCAUUCCAGAUCCCGUGUAGUUUUAAAAGCUCUACUGACUGCCGCCAAGGCCAAUAAACAGUUUCAUGUGUUUGUUACACAAGGCGGACCAGAUAACUCAGGUGAACAAAUGAUAGCUGAAUUAGAAAGAGCUGGUAUUGACUGCACCAUGAUCUUAGAUUCUGCUACUGGCUAUGUUAUGGAAUCGGUAGAUUUUGUUAUGGUGGGAGCAGAGGCAGUUGUAGAAAGUGGUGGUAUUAUUAAUCGUAUUGGUAGUUUUACCAUGGGUCUGUGUGCCAGAGAAAUGAAAAAACCUUUCUAUGUACUUGCCGAAAGUUUCAAAUUUACAAGGCUAUAUCCUCUGAAUCAAAGAGAUUUGCCAGAUGAAUACAAGUACUCACGUAAACACUUGAGUGAUGUUUCCAAAGUUCAUCCUUUGGUAGAUUAUACACCACCUGCUUAUAUAACCCUAUUGUUUACAGAUUUAGGUAUUUUAACACCUUCAGCUGUAAGUGAUGAAUUGAUUAAACUUUACAUGUAA